GAAGAGGCGGAGGAACAGGAGGGGCGCGACUCGGUCCCUCAUCGGAACGCGCGUCCUGACCGCAGCCCCUCACUCAGCCCCCGCCAUGGCCGCGGCCACCGCCACCUGGCGCUACCGCGGGGACCCCGAGGCGGAGCGGCCAGCGGCGCUCGUGCGGUUCGCCAACGGGAAGCUGCGGCGCCCCGACUCCCUGCGCUUCACCAUGUACCGGAACCGGGACACGACGCAUCCGCGGAAGAAGCACCGCAGGAUCCUGGUCUCGGAGACAGAGCGGCUCUGCUACGUGGGACAAAACUUCGGCAGCGAGGUCCUGAAGUGCAACUCCCUGUGCAGGUACUUCAUUGGCGUGUUAGACAAGAACUCCGGGCAGAUGGAGGUCUACAACGCUGAGAUAUUCAACAUGCAGCCCCUGCUCUCAGAUAACUUGUUGCCUGAUGACACAAAGGAUUAUCAGACCAAAUCCUACAGGGAGAAGAUGGAUUUGUGCAUUGAGGCCUUCGGGACCAGCAAGCAGAAGAGAGCUCUGAGCUCUCGCCGCAUGAACGCUGUGGGCAGUGACAUUGUCAACACAGCUGUGGCAAAAGCAGCUGCAAAUGUUAUAGAUGCCAAGGGAGUGACAGCUCUGAUGCAGGACAUGGCCCAGGAUGAUGUGCAGAAUAUCUCUGCCUUUCUCCCACCGUGCCACGAGGACGCUGACAGGCCGGAGCACGUUUACAAGUUUGAGGACAUCCUGUCUCCUGCUGAGUAUGAGGCGCUGCGGGUCCCGGCAGCCGCCCUGGCCAGUGUCACCGCAGAGGAGAUGGCCAAGAGAGCAGAGGAGAGAAGCCACUGCUCCUUUGUUUUGGAGGAGCUGAAGUUCCUGCCCACUGAUGAGAGGAGUAGAGACCACAAAGCCCGAUGCCUCUGGUUCUUGGACACCCUCGUCAAGUUCAGUCAGCUGAAAGUGAUCAAGAAGAAGCAUCCAAUGGGUCCGGAGUGCCCACACAUCAUCAGCAGGAAACUCAUGAAGAAUUUCAGCUCACUGACCUACAACAAUGGCAGCAUCCAGAAUUUAAUCUCUGCAUCCAUGAGGGCUAAAAUCACUGCAUACGUCAUUACCUUGGCUCUGCACAUUAACAACUUCCAGACGGAUCUCACCGUCCUGCAGAACGACCUGAAGCUCCCAGAGAGCAGGAUACUGGACAUCGCCAGGGCCCUGCGGCUCAGGGUGACCAAGACCAAGGGGGUGCCAGGGCUGGACGAUGACCAGAGCCACAGGCUGGGCACUCUGUCUCUGCCCCUGCCCACGCAGAAGGCACCAGAGGGACGGAGGAAGCGCAAGAAAAUGAGCUGAGACAUCCAGGAGGUCUGAGGGGAGACACACCCCCUCCCUCACAAUGUCACGGGGAUGCCUUCAUCUGCUGGGUUUGGGUCCAGCAUCAGCCCUCACCCUGCUGAAACCCAGGCUGAUGGUUUCACCUCAUUAAAAUGCUGCUUUUUUUCUACUUACAUAGAAAAAGCUAAAAUAAGCCCCUUUUUUCCUCCAGUUUGUGUGGUGUGGGGGGUGAAAUGGAGGUUGUGCUGAGGCACAAGGGAACAGUUUAAGGUGGCAGGUUCUCCCCUGUGUGGCUGCUUCUGGUUUGUGGCCCAUCCCAGGUUCAAGGUCAGAGGCAGGAAGACAAAGAGUGUGAUCUACAUAUACCUUUUUGUUUCUGUGGAACUUCUGUGUAAUCCUGUGUUCAAAAACUCUAAAGAUGUUCACA